UUGAACUUUAUUCACUAAAACGUUUAACCAAAUUCAAAACCCAUAUUUUCCAAUAAAUUUCGAACUUGAAACCUGAAGGUACUCUCUCUUCUCUCUUUACCAGCCAGUCCGAGACUGGAACUCCGACCUUAAACUCCUGUAAAUAAAAUGGACACAAUCAGAAAACAAGCAACAAAGCUCAGAGAACAAGUCGCUAAGCAACAACAGGCUGUCUUCAAGCAGUAUGCUAGUGAACUUGGAGGUUCAGAUAAAGUAGUAACCGAUGAAGUAGAAUUGCAGCAGCAUCAGAAACUUGAGAAGCUUUACAUAUCUACCCGUGCCGGCAAGCACUUCCAGAGAGAAGUCACCCGAGGUGUUGAAGGUUAUAUUGUUACUGGAUUUAAGCAAGUUGAAAUAGGUACCAAGCUGUCAGAAGACAGCAGGAAAUAUGGUGCUAAAAUUACUUGCACCAGUGGUAGUACAUUAUCCAAAGCUGCACUAAGUUAUAGCAUGGCUCGUGCUAAAAUUGAAAAGGAACGUGGAGAGUUACUGAAAGCACUUGGCACACAGGUUGCCGAGCCACUAAGGGCAAUGGUAACGGGAGCUCCAUUGGAGGAUGCUCGACAUCUUGCUCAACGAUAUGAUAGAGUAAGACAGGAAGGAGAUGCCCAGGCUAUUGAAGUUUCCAGACGCCAAGCUAAAGUGAGGGAAUCUAGUGGUAAUCCCGAUAAUGUUUUGAAGCUGGAAGCUGCUGAAGCAAAGCUUCGGGAGCUAAAGUCGAACAUGACAAUAUUGGGUAAAGAAGCUGCUGCCACAAUGACUGCUGUGGAGGGCCAGCAACAGAGGUUGACUCUCCAGCAACUUAUAGUCAUGAUCGAGGCAGAACGCAAUUAUCAUCAGAGAAUUGUACAGUUACUUGGUCAGCUUGAAGGGGAGAUGUUGUCAGAGCGUCAACAGAUUGACACUUCUCCUAGUCCAGCUGUGGAUAACACGAUGCCUCCUCCCCCAUCCUAUGAUGAAGUCAGUUGUACAUUUGCUUCUCAAACAUAUGAUGGAUCAACAGAUAGCAUGGGUUACUUCUUGGGAGAGGUCAUUCAUUCAUAUCAGGCUGAUUCUGAUGCGGAGUUGACUUUGUCAGUUGGUGACUAUGUUGUUGUCCGAAAGGUGACAAACAAUGGUUGGGCCGAAGGCGAGUGCAAGGGGAGAUCAGGUUGGUUCCCGUUCGUGUAUGUAGAAAGACGAGACCGUAUUCUGGCAAGCAAGGUAGCCGAAGUUUUUUAAGUCUUGUAUUAGCUUUUAUCGGGCUUUUCAUUUUGCGUUUAGCAUUCGUGCAGAAUUUCGGUUUCUGAUCUCCAUUUAUGCUUUUAGCUGAAACUUGUUUGCAGAAUUUCUUAUGUUCCCCAUCAACAUAUGCAUAUAUGUUCAUAUAUUAGAGACAAAGGAAUGUUUUGCUUUA